AAUUCUAAUAAUAUCAAUGCAGUCGUGUCUUGAAUAGAAAAAAUAAAAUAUAAUUUUAAUUUUAUAUUUAAAUAUGUUAGAAUAAGUUUUGAUAAUGAAUAGGACGAUAGUGAUUUUCCACAUACUUGUCUCUACGAUUACCAUUGCAAAGUCGAUAGAUGAAGCAACUAUUAAAGCUGAAGAUGAUAAUCGUGAAAUUGCUCUAAAUCUGUGGAGUGCUGAUGGGAAUUUUUCAUUAACUACUAAUGAUGAUGUUCUAAAAACUAGUGAUAUAAAUAAUAUGUACACGCCUUUGGAAACAAAAGUAGCUAAAAACCGUUCUUUAAAAGAAGAGAUAGACAAUGAUAAUUUUAGUAAAGCAGAUAUUAAUAAAGAGAAUCAAGUGAAAUCAAAACCAAACGAAAGUUUGGAAUAUAAAAAAAGUGGUGAUGAUGACAAAAUAGGCGAGAAAACUAAAGCUACGAGAAGAUCAGAAAGUAAAGAUGUACCAAAAAUAUUACCUGCUUCUAAAGUGGAAGACAUUAAAUCUACUUAUGGCAAAGAUGUGACUGAAUUAAUAGAAAAAAACAAAUCGUCCUCUGAGGUAGAAGAUGUUAAACUUAAUGAUGGUAGAGAAAAAAGCCAAUCGGUAGAUAAAAGUAACCCUCCUCCCAAAACAGUGGUAAUUAAAUCUAAAGACGAUAAUCAAUCAGUAGAAAAAAAUAAAUCUUCGUCUAAAGAAGAAGACUUUAAAUCUAAAGAUGCUAAAGAAGAAACGAAAUCAAUAGAAAAAAGUGUACCUCCUCCUGAAGUAGAAGACGUUGCAUCUAAAGAUGGAAAAAAAGAAUCAAAAUUAGUAGAAAAUUUUGAUCAUAUAGAAAAUAAAAGAAUUAGUGAUAAGUUAAACGAUGUUGAUAGUACCACCACCACGACCACCGUAACACCUUUUACAUCCGAAGAGAGAAACACAGAUUAUUAUUUAGAAAAUGAUUCUAAUGAUUCUAGUGAUAACUUUGCUCCUAUUGAGAAUUUUGAAAAAAAAAGAUUUCCAAUAAAUUAUGAAUCUAAUACAGCAUGGGAUCUGCUUGAUGAUAUGCUACCUUCGAGAAGAAUGUUUUCGCAACCUGAUGAUUUUAACAAAGAUUAUAAAGAAAAACCUAGCGUUAAAAAUUUUCAAAAUGAAGAUUCCAUUGAAGAAAUCUUUGGAGAAAAUGUUGUAACACCAAGGAAUUCUAAUCAACAUGUUUCCUCAAUAGCGCCGGUUAUGAUUUCACAGCUGCAGAGCAAACCAGUGAUACCACACACCCAUAUAUCUUUAUUACCUGGACGACGUUUGAUCGGGAAUAUUCCUAGAAUCCAUCCACCGUUUCCCAUUGAUUACAGAAGAUUAAAUCAAGCGAGAAAUAUUGAAGAUCGUCAAAAUUUACAACUCGAAACUGACCAUAGAUUUGAGAACAAUAAUUUUAGGAUAAAUCAAAAUAAUGAUUUUGAAAAACCAUACCAAUCUGACGUGAUCAAAGACGUAGAAGAUUAUAAUUCUAAAGAAGAAUCUAAUGCAUAUGCGUACGCACCUGCAGUUUCAGUAGCAUCUAACCCGUCGGAAGUAGCAAAUUCAUUAUUUGCCAAGUUAAUAGAUGCGUCUGAACAUCCACAGAGGCUAAAUCCUAAUUUUAAUGUACAACCCAUUCCAAACGUACCAUUUAAUAACAAUUUGUGGAAUAAUUAUUUUGCUAUACCUGUAUAUAAAUACGUAAAUGGAUUUUGGCGUUGACAUCACGUGCCAUAUCUUAAAUUCGUAGAUGAUAAUUGUUGCUUUCUGAUAAUAUUAUAAUACUACUAUAAAAUAGCGCAUUAAUUAAUUAUCUAUAAUUUUAUUUACUACCAUAAAAAUC